AUGAACAAGAGGAAUAGCUCAAAAAAUGAUUUUGUGGUCUGGCCUUGGAUUUCUUAUCUUUUUAGAUACUCAGGAUUUCUUCCUUUGAAAGUUGAUUUUUAUGAUAAUGUUAAACCAAUAUCACUUCCAAUUUUGGUAGUAGCCAUAGUAUUUUUAGUUUUGAAUGUACUAUCCUUAAGUGUUAGUAUUAUUGAAAUGCUGUCUCACCUGAAAGAUGGCAUGACUGGGUCAUUGCUGUUUAUUUUUAGAUCUGUGCAUAUAAUUUUGAUACUUCAAGGUGUGAGUAUGGUUUGCAGUUCUAUGCUACUUUGUUUAAGUUUAUACUGGUCCCUUAUUGAAAUUAGAACAGGAGAUUCAAUUUCAAUGUUUUUUCCUACUUUAAUGGUCUUGCUUCAAAUCAUUCGACUUACAACGUUGGCAUCGGAAGGCAGCAAUUUUCAAUGUGAGUCAAAUAGUUUGCUCCUUGAUGCCGAGAAGUUAGAUGUCUCUCUUCUAAACCCUGAUAUGAUGUAUCAAUUAAAAUCAAUUUUCAUACGAGAAGGUGUUGAUCCAGUUUAUUUGUCAGCCACGAAGUUUUUUGCUAUUUCGAAAUCAUUACUUCUCAGUAUCUUGGGAGCAGUUUUUACAUGCGUUGUUGUGUUUGUUCAAAUGGCACCGGAUAAAUCAUCAUGUGGCGAGUAAGUUACCUUCUC